UGAGCGUGACUCGUUGAAUUCUAUCGUCGAAGUGUCUCUAAGAAAUAAGCAAGAUCAUUUACAUUGAGUUUACUUGAAAAUUACUAUUAUUUAUUAGUUAAUGAACUAAAAAUAAAGACUUGUGAUAUUUUCGAUAAGAAGUGGCAACAUUUUAAUAUUAAAAAGCGUGAUGUGAAUUGAAAAUAGUAAUAUUCCCGGACAUCAUAUAGUGUAAACAACAUGGCAAGUAAAUUGAGAAGUUAUUUUGCAAAAAAAGAAACUAGAGAUUACUUUAUGAGCACGCACUUUUGGGGUCCUUUUUGUAAUUGGACAAUACCAAUAGCAGCAAUAUCGGACACACAAAAAGAUCCAAAAUUCAUUAGCGGGACAAUGACAACAGCUCUUUCGUUUUAUUCAAUGGCAUUCUUGAGAUUUUCAGUAAAAGUUCAACCGAAGAAUAUGCUAUUGUUUGCUUGUCACGUUGUGAAUCUAAGUGCACAGUUGACACAAGGAUUCAGACUUUUGAAGUAUAAGUAUUCUUUAAAAUCGUCGUAGGAAACAAAGAAUAACAUAUUACUUCA